CCGCGCAUGCGCAGUGCCGCGGGAGUUCAGCACAUUGGAAGUGUCGGAAGUUUCGCAGCAGUGAUUUAGCUUCAUGCUAACGUCGGACACGGUCCCAGCGUCGAAACUUGGGUCUUUACGGCACAGAAAGUUGGUUUGUCCGGAAGCCGCGAGGCCGCAGUGGAGCCCCGAGCCGCGUCGAUGGAUCCAAGCCGCUCUUCGCCGUCUGAUGGGCUCCACCCGGGCCGAUAACGAGCCGAGGAAGAAGUUGUGAUUGUGUUUUGGCGCUUCUGGCGGCGCAGAGGAAGAUGGAGGCUGUGCGGGUGUAGCAGCGGCUAAAGCUAGCGGGCUCCUCCGGCUGCGGCCAGCGUCGCUCCGGGACAAGAGCUGCUUCACCGCGGCUCGGAUUCAACACGCGGCCGGUGCCUGCUGCUGUUCAUGUUGGCAGAUCAACUAAAGCAUGAGCUUCCCUCGGGCUCUGAGGAUGGGAGCAGGACUGGAGGCAGGAUCUAGACAUCAGAUGGUGCUGUGAAGAAGCCAUGGGUAGCUGUUUAAGCUGUCCAGAGAAAGAGUCAAUACCAGAUAAUCAUCAGAGUAAAUUCAAGGUGAUCAAUGUGGACGACGAUGGGAACGAGCUGGGCUCUGGUGUGAUGGAGCUGUCCGACGGCGAGCUCGUCCUCCACACCCAUCGCCGUGACGACGUCAGGUGGCCGUACCUGUGCCUGCGUCGCUAUGGCUACGACUCCAACCUGUUCUCGUUUGAGAGCGGCCGCCGCUGCCAGACGGGCCAAGGUAUUUUUGCCUUCAAAUGUUCUCGGGCUGAAGAAAUCUUCAACAUGCUGCAGGAGGUGAUGCACAGUCACAGCAUCAGUGUCGUGGAGGAGCCAGUUCUGGAGCCACACCACCAGACUGCACACACUCCUGCAGUAGCUCAGGGUUACUCUGUUCCCACGGUGCCUAACGGUGUGACCAGGAUUCCCUCAGUAGGUGAGGCCCCGUCUCACCCCUCCACCCGUCACCCGUCUGUGGCGAGCACCCGUCUGCCCUCGGUGGGGGAGGAGUCCACUCACCCUCUGCUGGUGACGGAGGAAGCGGUUCACACCUACGUCAACACCACCGGUCUCCUCGAUGACCAGCCCAGCCCGCUGACCGUCACCACCCCUCUGGAGAGCCCCACCUCUCCCCAGUCCCAGUGUCCCCCCACCCCCCCGCCUCCUCCCAGGGUCCGCACCGACCCCCCAGCCCCGCCCGCCCCCCCGGAGCCCCAGGUGCUGCUGGAGCCUCAGGGGGUGCGGUUCGUGCUGGGCCCCACCCCUGUCCAGAGGCAGCUGAUGGAGAAGGAGAAGAGGCAGCAGGAGCUGACGGAGGAUGUGGAGCCACAAGAGACUAACGGCCACGUCGAGGCCCCGGCCGAGCCCGAGCCCGCCGCCCCGCACUCCAACAGCUCCUCCAAUCCAUCGACGGCUCCUCGUCGCCACCGCCCGCCCCCCCUCACCCCCGACCUGCAGAAUGUCAACAACUCGGCCCAGCGGCGCACCGCCCUGUUGGACUACGAGAACCUGCCGGCGCUGCCGCCGGUGUGGGAAGCGAGGAAGCCGAGCGCGGAGGACGAGGAGAACAGCUGCGGCGUGUUGAAGACGCCGUCGGUCAAUGGCUACAACCACCACCACCCCCACAGCCUGCUGCACCACUCUUACUCCCACCCACUGUCCGCCGCCCUCGAGUCCUCGCACAACUACGUCAACACAGAGAAUGUGACCGCGCCGCUCAGUGCUCACCGGCCGGACACGGCUCGACGCCGUGCUGAAGGACCAACCAUCUUCAACUUCGACUUCCGCCGGCCGCCGCUGCCGGGCCAUGCGGAGCCGCCCAAGACCCUCAACUACAUCGAGGUGGAGAUGGACGGCAGUGCCGGGAACAAGGGCGCCUCGGAUGGCAGCAACCCCCACACGCCCCGCACCCCAACCUCCCCGCUACCCCCCACCACCCCCACCCGCCGCACCGAGCUCUACGCCCUCAUCGACAUCGAGCGCACCGCCGCCAUGUCCAACCUGCAGAAGGCCCGGCCACGAGACGACGGUACGUCACGCAAGACCAGACACAACAGCACGGAGCUACCCACCAAGAGCAUGGCGUGACACUUCCUCUUCCCCUGUGUGUGUCACACACACACACACACACACACACACACACACUUCCAGUGUGGUCGCCUGCUCAGGACCCUGAACUCGUCAGAGCAGCGUUGAUGUUGAUAAACUCUUUAUGGUACAGAUCAGUAUUACUGAACAAAGCAUUCCAUUUAUCUUUUAUAUGAGUCACUACAUGCUGCUGUCACUCAGUAUCACGGACACAAUAAAUGUCUGUUUUAUUUGUAUCAGCGGAGGACACGCCUCCUGUCCCGUCUCGUGAUGAUGAUGUCACUUCCUCUGACAAACACCAGGUUUUAAUGAACCAAACUUCUUUGUUAUUAAUUGAAAUUUAUCCAACAACUAAUGAAUGUUAAUGGACCAAUGAACUCGACAUUCAUCAGAAUUAGUUUUGAUAAUAAAUUAAUAGUUUGUAUUUUUUUGCACAA